AAGAUGGAGGUUUUGGUUCUGCUGGUGUUUCUCGGAGGCUGCUUGGCACAAUAUGACCCACACAUGAUGCCUGGGCGGACAUCCAUUGUCCAUUUGUUUGAGUGGCGCUGGACAGAUAUUGCAGAUGAGUGUGAGCGUUACUUGGCCCCCAAUGGCUUUGGGGGUGUGCAGAUUUCGCCUCCCAAUGAGCACAUUGUCCUCGAUGAUCCCUGGAGACCUUGGUGGGAGCGGUACCAGCCAAUCAGUUACAAGAUUUGCUCGAGAUCAGGCAACGAGGAGGAAUUCAUAGACAUGGUGACGAGGUGCAACAACGUCGGUGUUCGAAUCUACGCAGAUGCUGUGAUUAACCACAUGUGUGGAGCAGGAGGUGGCUCGGGCACACAUUCUUCCUGUAAGUCAUACUUUGAUGCAGGAGCAGAAAGUUUUCCCGCAGUUCCAUACUCGUCCUGGGAUUUUAAUGACGGCAAGUGUAAAUCUGCAAGUGGCAACAUUGAAAACUACAAUGACAUUUACCAGGUACGGGACUGCAGGCUGGUGAGUCUCCUGGACCUGGCCUUGCAGAAGGACUAUGUGAGAGGGAAGAUUGCCGAGUACCUGAACCACCUGAUCGAGCUGGGCGUGGCCGGAUUCCGGGUGGACGCUUCGAAGCACAUGUGGCCUGGAGACAUGGAGGCAAUCUUCCAGAAGCUCAACACCCUCAACCCUCGCUGGUUCAGCAGCGGCUCCAAACCGUUCAUCUACCAGGAGGUGAUCGAUCUGGGAGGGGAGCCAAUCAAAUCCUCCCAGUAUUUUGGGUUGGGCCGAGUGACGGAAUUCAAGUAUGGAGCCAAGCUGGGCACGGUGGUCCGCCAUUGGAAUGGGGAAAAGAUGGCGUACUUAAGGAACUGGGGCGAAGGCUGGGCCUUCAUGCCCAAUGACCGGGCCUUGGUCUUUGUUGAUAACCAUGACAACCAGCGAGGACAAGGAGCUGGUGGGGCGUCCAUCCUCACCUUCUGGGACUCCAGGAUGUACAAAGUGGCUGUUGCCUUUAUGCUGGCCCAUCCUUAUGGUCUGACCCGGGUCAUGUCCAGCUACCGCUGGGAUCGCUACUUUGUUAAUGGGAAGGAUGUCAAUGAUUGGAUGGGGCCACCCAGCAGCAGUGAUGGAUCGACCAAGCACGUGACCUUGAAUCCAGACACCACCUGUGGGAACGGCUGGGUGUGUGAACAUCGCUGGCGGCAGAUCAGGAACAUGGUCAUCUUUCGCAACGUGGUGGAUGGACAACCCUUUGCAAAUUGGUGGGACAAUGGAAGCAAUCAGAUCGCGUUCGGACGCGGGAAUAGAGGCUUCCUUGCAAUCAACAAUGACAACUGGAACAUGGGAGUAACGUUACAGACUGGUCUCCCUGGUGGCACAUACUGUGAUGUGAUCUCAGGACAAAAGGAGGGGACUCGCUGCACAGGGAUACAGGUCAACGUCAGCGCUGAUGGGACAGCGUCACUGCAAAUCAGUAACACUGCGGAGGACCCCAUGGUGGCCAUUCAUGUUGAUGCUAAACUGUAA